UCACCAAACACGUCGUCUUCGAUUGUGUUUCUCAACUAGUCAUCUUCCUCCAGCACUCUAGUCUAUGGUAUUCCUCGACUGCAAAAUUCGAAUUGUCCAGGUUUCGGACUUGAGCGAAUCACAGAUCGCGGCGUGCAGGUAGAGAUGUCGGACGGAGGACAUUGUGCUCACCAGCACCACGAUCACGGAGGAGACGAUGCCCACGUCGGCCCAGAACUCGGCGUUCAGUACACUUUGUAUACGAAAAUCGAUCUUGACAAUGUUCAGUGCUUGAACGAGGCCGCGGAGGGCAGCGGUAAGACGGUGUUCAAACCGUGGGAUGAGAGACUUGAUUUCAGCAGAGUGGUCGAAUCGGAUUGCGACGAGGAGCUCCUAUUUUCUAUACCUUUCACCGGAAACGUGAAGCUCAAAGGCAUCAUAAUUGUGGGAGGAGAAGGUGACACCCAUCCGUCAGCAUUGAGAAUGUACAAAAAUCGACCAAAUAUGUCUUUCGACGAUGUGACAGUCGAACCAGACCAAGAGUUCGAGUUGAACAAGGACCUCGAUGGAACGCUCGAGUACCCAACGAAAGUCGUCAAAUUCGCUAGUGUUCAUCAUUUGACGCUGCACUUCCCGAAAAGCUUCGGAGCUGAAAACACGAAAAUCGUGUACAUCGGACUCAAGGGCGAAUUCACAGAGGCACAUCGACAGGAAAUCGCUAUUUGUAAUUACGAGCUGGCUCCAAAUCCGGCGGACCACAAGAUAGACCAGCAAUGCUCAACAAAAAACUACGAGACUCUACAAAACAAUAACAAUCUCGGUUUCUGAAGAAAAAAGUUCCGGAAACGAAACUCGAGGAAGUCUGAUGCAUAUAUUUAUGGAAUGUUAAAUGAAUCAAGUGAACCUAACUUUA